AUGUCUGAAUCAAGGCAACGUAGUGGAAGCGAAACAAAAGUCAUAAUGAAUAAUAGAAAAAGCUAUGCUUGCUUAGAUAUUGGAUCGAUGGGAGUUGAUCUAAAAGAAAAUUUUGAGAAAAGUAAAAUUCUCACCGACACAAAUCAAUAUCCAGAUAAUAAACUUACAGAACAGAAAACAACAAGUGAGGGUUGCGGAGGUGAAAAAAGCGAUGAAACGUGUGAAAAGUAUGUGAUAGAAAAGCCAGAAGGAGUAAAAGAUGAAUACGAAGAGGAGGGCGAUGAUAAAAGAGGCGAUAGAGAAAAGGUUAAAAGUGUUGAUAAGAAAAAUGGCAGUGAAAAAUUACCUCCUGGUUGGGAACGUCAUGAAGAUAACGGUGGAUGCUAUUUUUGGCACAUUAAAUCUGGCACAAUUCAACGUGAAAUGCCAGUUUGGCCCAAGGAGCUAAAAACUCCACUUAUUCCACCUACAAGUCCAAUACCAAGCUCAGAUGGUAAUAAUCCAUUUUCUGUGGCAUUCAACUCGCUUUAUAAUUAUGGAAACUCUGAUUCAAAUCAUAACGGUGGCACAGUGUUGAAUGGAAGCUCUAAUAUUGGUAAUAAUGCAGUUAAUUCACAAACAUCAGUUGCGCGUAGUACGUCCAGUCAUACAUUAGAUUUAGAUCAGGAUAAUAGAAAGAGAAAGGAUUUGGAAUAUAAGCGCCGCAGUUAUCCACUUAAAUCAGAAUCAGACAACAAGCCUAUUCGAUUCGCUGUGCGAUCAUUAGGUUGGGUCGAAAUAGCAGAAGAAGAUUUAACACCAGAGCGCUCAUCAAAAGCUGUAAAUAAAUGCAUUCUUGAUUUAUCAUUUGGCAAAAAUGAUUUGCUUGAUGUGGUUGGACGGUGGGGUGAUGGAAAAGACUUAUUUUUGGAUCUAGAUGAAGGUGCAUUAAAAUUAAUUGAUCCCGAAAACUUAACUGUUUUGAAUACUCAGCCAAUUCACACAAUACGAGUGUGGGGUGUUGGUCGAGACAAUGGAAGUGAUUUCGCAUAUGUUGCUCGUGAUCGCUUAACUCGAGUACACAUGUGUCAUGUUUUUCGAUGUGAAACGGCGGCGCGAACAAUUGCCAACACGUUAAGGGACAUUUGCAAAAAAAUCAUGAUUGAACGUUCUGUGCAAUUGGAUGUGGCAAACGGUGGUCCUAAUGCAUCAAAAAGAGCAGUGCGACCUACAGAUUUACCAACUGAAAAUCGACAACGUCGAAUGAGACAUGCACAAUCUUUUCCAACGCCAAUGGAAGAGCCAAAGAAAGUACUUAGGGCGCAGUAUUUAGGUUUUACAGAGGUGCAGCAUGCUGUAGGAAUGACAGUACUUAAUGAUGCAAUUGAGAAAAUUAUCUCAGAAGUACCUUCUGAGAAUUGGCUCAGUGCAAAUGUGUCUAUAUCUCCAAGUGUAAUUGCAAUACGACCGACUGGGGACGAUGACCAGACCAUUGUAGAAGCUCGUGUACGAUAUUUGAGCUUCUUAGGAAUUGGAAAAAAUGUUAAAAAUUGCGCUUUCAUUAUUCAUACAGCACAGGAUAAAUAUAUAUGCCAUGCUUUUCGAUGUGAACCGAGUAGUGGUGCUUUAUGUAAAACAAUAGAAGCUGCUUGUAAACUUCGAUAUCAAAAGUGUUUAGAUGCACAUCCUGCAAACAGUAGAACCUCAGCUGACUCGCAAUCGCCAAAUUCUAAAGGUAUUGGCGAAACAUUAAAAAACAUCAUGAACACAUUAUCGUUUAAAAAAGAUGGCUCAAGCUCUUGA